AUGACUCUAGAUCCGAAUCAAAUCUUGCUCAAAUCCGAAAUUGGCCGGAUCAGUGAGAUCAAUUACGUCGCCAGAUUCAACCAAAACUUCGGCUACGAAGAUGGUGUUUUCGAAUUUCUUUUAAGUCAGAAAGAUCUAUGGGCUGACAAGCUAUUCUACGUUCCCGAAGAGCACUUCACUCAAUGGGUCAAGUCAGAAAGCCAUCCUGUCAAAGAUGUGCCUACAUUGAAAGCUGACCAAUACAUUUCAGAUUACGAGCUGCAAGAGAUUACAAAGGAGGAGUUUAUUAGCAGAUUUCACCCAAUAGACAACGUAGACAUCAAAGUGACAAAAUCUGGGCUGGCCUUGGAUUGCUCAAUUGCAAAUGGUGAAAGCGCUCAUCUCAAAGAGAGCACCGGUCGCGAAAGUGUAGCUAUAAAUGUGGGUGGCCGUGUGACCUCACUCAAAUGGACUCACUAUACCUCCACAUCUUAUCUAGCCGUCUCUAUAUUAGGAGGCGAGUCGGAUCUAGAGAAACUAGUCGCAGAUCCAAAUUUGAGUAUAUUCCCCGACGCAAGAAGGAGCAAAGGCGCCCUCAAGGCGGCUAUUCAGAUAUGGGAGUACGACCACGUAACGUCGUCUUUGGUUUUGAAUCAAGUGAUCGACACCUCGGCCUUUGGAACGACUUCAUGUUUGCGAUGGGUCCCUGCGCAUUUUGAGCUGGAUGUGAUUGGCAUACUUUCAGCCGUCUUUACCGACGGUAACCUUCACUUCUUCAAAAUCCGACCAAAGACACCAGGACAUCAGUACCAUGAAGCUACCAAAAGCUCUCAUAUGAUAUCGGCAACAAAGCAGCGUCGCGAAGAUAAAUCAUCAUGCACUCCGAUAACUGCAUUCGAUUUUGUUGAUCAUCUGAAGGUAGUCAUUGGCACAUUCGAUGGUUCAAUCGCAGAAUAUGUAAUUCCAGAUCCAGCCACUGACGGUGGAUCGGCUUCUAUUCCAUCUUUCAACCAGUUCGUUUCAGAUGCGAGUGUCAAGUCUGUCACAGUAGGCCGGGUGGGGGCUGCACAUGUAAUUUUAAUCCACUCAAUGGGGAAUCAAAGCUUUGCGUUCCAUUAUGAGAAUAUGAGACUCGGUCGAGCAGAUGUUACCUAUACAAACUCUCUUGUCAGACCGACAUAUUGUGAAAACCUCAGAUGCUUCGUUUAUCCAGACAGCGCGGAAAGUUUUAGUAUAUUCUUUGCUAGACAUCCGCAACUGAAAGGUUCAUUGAUCAUGAAAUCAGAGCUCAUAUCAUCAUUUCAUACCAGUGAAUUUUUGAGUCAUCCUUUUGCAAUUGUCGGAAAUGUUCUUGGACAGGUUUUCGUCGUAAACAUGUCUCGGCGGAUAUUUGCAUUGCCUAAAGGUCAGCUGAAAUUCGUUAACCCUCUCAAAAUUUGGACCCUUCACAAAUCCUCAGACGGUUCUGGAUUGGUUUUAAAUGGAGAUUAUGAGCUAGUCCCUUCGGAUAGGAGUUCCGUCAUGUACACUUUUACUCCACCAGAAAUUGUCAUUUCGGCUGCUGCAUGGAACGAGAAUAUCAAUGGAAGCUCAGUAUAUGCCAUAGGAACUUACAGUGGUUUGCUUGUCGUGGAAAAAUUAGACACUGGCAAGUAA